AUGAGAAGGAGCGCUGUGUUUCAGCAGAAAUACUAUGCUGAUGAUGGCAUAUGGAUGGAGACUCAAGCUCAGCAGCAGAGCUAUACCUGCCACGAAGAGUCUUGGAGCUCUGAUAACAAUUACCACAAACGAUUCCCAGCCAGGCACAUGAACAAACUUGGUGCUUUUGCUAUGGACUCUGACCUCUCAAUGUCUAAGCAGCAUCAUGGAAAGUUAGGAGCCAUGCACAUGAACAGGCUUGGUGCUUCUGGUAUGGAUUCUGAGAUCUCAAUGUCAAAGCAGCUUGGCAAGUUAGGAGGAAGCUAUGGCAUGUUUCAAGAAGACAUGCACAUGCACAGUGACCAUGGUUUUGGACUUGGUUAUGCGCAUCAUGGGGGUGGCAGAAAAUCCCCUUUGAAAGGUAAUAACUCCUCUUAUCAUGCUUUAAACGGUGGUGGUGGUUCCAAGUUCAAUUCUGGUGUGAAUCAUGAGUAUUCCUCGAAGGAAACCGAUUGUGAGGAGGUCUAUACAGAGGAACAUGUUGGUACAGUCACUGCUAAGGUGGAGGAAACGAGAUAUCAGCAACAAAACUGGGGUGGGGAUACUUGCUACAUCAGUCCCUAUAACAGGAACAAGAUUACGAACAUAAACUGGUGGACACCAAAUGGGUUCUAA